AUGGUUGCCAGCAGCCGCAUCCUCGCCGUGGCUUCCGCCUUCGCCGUCGGCGCCUCCGCCGCCGCCGUCCCCGUCCUCCGUCGCCAGGAGGACGGCAACAGGUGGACGGCCACCAACUACACCUGGGGAUGCUCCCCCGGCGGCUGCAUCGCCAACUUCUUCCUCCUGGGACAGGAGGGUUUCCCCUCCGGCGCGCCGGCCUUCGACGUCCAGUGCAGCCCCGUCUACGUCCAGCAGGACUGGACGGCGUGCAAGAACGCCGACGGGUCCGACAUGGCUCCCGAGUCGGUCGUCUACGCCGUCUGGCAGAAGAACGAACCCACCGAUCCCAAUCAGUACGUCAACAUCGCGCACGUCUACUACCGCCAGGAGGACGGGCUCUACUACAUCGCCCAGACCAACUCCACCGGUUUCGUCCCUGAGCAGGGCGCUUCUGAGUUCUUCGACAUCGCCAGCGUCCUGCCCGCCCCUGAGAGCCAUCUCCCCCCUCCUACUCUGACGAGCACCCCGUCUGCUCCGGUCACGAUCCAGUCCGACGCUCCAGCUUCCGACCCUAUCCAGUCUGAUAUUGCCGCUCCCGAUCCUGUCCAGUCUGAUAUCGCGGCUCCCAACCCUAUUCAGUCUGACGCUCCGGCUUCCGACCCUCUCCAGUCUGAUAUUGCCGCUCCCGUCCCUAUCCAGUCCGACGCUCCGGCUUCCGACCCCAUCCAGUCUGAUGUUCCCACCCCCGACCCCGUCCAGUCCGACGCUCCCAUCCCGUCCACUGAUCUUACGGUAACUGAUCCCGUCCCCCCUGCCGGAGAGAACAUCCCCAAUUCUGACGAUGGCACCCAGGACACCGGAUCCGACAACGUCAUCACUCCCGGCGGUGGUCCCACCGACGACCCGGUUCCUACCCAGAGCGAGGCCCCUUCGCCGGCCCCUACCGAGACUGAGCCCACUUCAGAUGACCCUGCGUCUACCCCUGAGGUCAUGUCCCAGCCUAUCCUGGCCCCCGGCGAGGCCAGCAUCGGCACCAUCCCCCCCGGUGGUGACGGCGCUUAA